AAAAAAUUUAAAUCUUUUUUAAUAUUAUGGCUCACAGAAUUCAAGAAAAUGCAGGAAUGAUCAAUGAUGAAAAAUAGGUUGUUGAUAUUUAUGUUCCAAGAAAGUGCUAAUAUACUAAUAUGAUUCUUAAUAGCAGUGAUUACUCAAGUGUAUAAAUUAAUGUUGGAUAAGUAAUGAUUGUUAAUAACAAUUAAGGUUGAUGAGAAUGGAGUUUACAAUAAAAAGAAUAGCACAGUGAUCUUGGCUGGAUAUUUGAGAUAAAAGGGAUAAAGUGCUUCUGCUUUAGAGGCAAUUCUUAGACAAAGAGGAGUAUUACCAUUUACAUAAUGAGACAUAUAUGAUUUAUGAAUAUAUAGUACAUUAAUAGAUUAU